UUACCCUUAGCAUGUCAGUUUUAUGUUAAAGCCCAUACUGACAAGUGAAUUCAAAGUGUAGAGUUGUCGUGAUUGUAUUAUAUUCUAUAUUUUAAGAUUACACUUCCCUGUGUUAUUCGAAUAUUUGAUUUGCCCUUCGUGUAACAUCGCCAUGCCUCCUAAAAAAGACUUGGACAAGACGCCAUACAAGGGCGACAGCCGAUGCUUCGGCGAGUACCGCUGCCCCCAAUGCGGCAGGAAUUGGAUGUCUGCCAACUCCUGGGCUGGUUACGGGCAGGAGUGCACUUCGUGCCGCAUCAACGUGUUUCCUCAUAAGCAGAGGCCGCUUCAAAAGCCUGACGGCUUAGACAAGGGGGACAUGGAGAAAGAACAUCUGCAAUCGCACUGCCAGAAGUGCAAGGCGCUCGGCCGCUGUUGCCGCGGGUAUAGGCGCUUCUAGAGGCCAUGGCCAGUUCACACGGAUCUUAAACUAAUAUGUCAGUAGAAAAGGCAGUAAAAUUUAAAAAAUA